CAUAGGGUUGAAAGAAAAGUCCGAAGAGGUCCAUAGAAAAAAAAUAUGGCAACGAACAAACGGUGCCACCAGGAAGAUCUUUCACCAACUAUGGAAAGUUAGCAAGAAAUGCGAGAAUGUAAUGACAUGUUGAAUUGGUGGAAAAUUUUGCAGAUAAGAUGAAGAAAGGGAGCGAAAAAUCGGGUGAAACAAAACCAGAUGUUGAUAAAGCUAAACGUGUUUACAGAGCAGCACUUGAGGCCAUCAGAAGAUUAGAUGAAAUUUCGAAACAAAAGAAAGCAUACAGAGAAGUGUUCCACCAAGAUGCUGUAGGACUCCGCAAUAAACUUAAAGAAUACUGUGAAAGACUUAUGUUUUAUAACCCAUCUGAUUAUGGGAGAAAGGCAGAGGAAGUUUUAUGGAGGAAAGUCUUCUAUGAAAUUAUACAACUGAUGAAACAUAACAAAAAACACAUCAGAAUGGGUAGUUCUUUAGAAGCAGCAUUCCGCACACAUCUGUCCUCAGCAACAGGAUACUACUACCAUCUGUUAUUUAGAUUGCAACAAGAAUUUGGUCUCAAAUUUAAUGGUAUAUUAGAUUUUAAUCUUGUACCAGAACAGAAAACAGUAAUGAGAAAAAUGGGACUUUCAAACAGUGUAAAAAAGCGUGACUUUGGUCCAGCAGUUCAAGCUUGGGCUAUUAUGGCUUGUCAUAGGUGCCUGGUCUGUCUUGGUGAUAUUGCACGAUACCAACAGGAUUUUGAUAAAGGAUUUAGUAAAUCGUCAGCAGAAAGAUUUUACUACCAGGCUAUAGCCCUAUGUCCAGAAAAUGGAACACCUCAUAACCAGUUAGGAACACUCAGUGGAUCAAGAUAUUACAAUGUGGAAGCAUCUUAUUACUAUAUACGAUGUUUGGUGUGUGAAAAACCAUUUGAAGGAGCUGAUGGAAACUUACAGAGAUUAUUUGAGAAAAAUAAUAAGCGAUUAGUAGAAUUACAACCCAAUUUAUCACUUCCACCUGAAGUUCAAAGAGUACAUGACACUAAGAUGUUUCUAAUCCAGUUUCUACAGCUGAUUGGUGCAUUUCAUGCCACUGGCAAAGAAAUGAAACCAGCUGAUUUACAAGAAAAGUGCCAGUGUACGCUACAGAAGUUUAAUCUAUGUAUGUUUUAUGAGGUGAAUACAGAAGAUGACAAGAGGGAGGAGAAUACAUACUUCCUGGAUGAUGACAUUGUAUUUAAAAUAGUUAUUAUUUGUAUGUCUACCGUAUAUCUCCUUCAGCUAAAAGGAUCAGGACAGACGACUGCAGCCACAGCUUUCCUUUUAGCCUUAUUUUCACACAUCCUGAACCAUGUGGUGAUCAGACUCCAGGCAUCAUUAUAUGACAAGGAAAACCCAAAUAAAAUACUCGGUCACAUAGAAGAGCAGGAAGAUGAUGAUAUGUCUGAUGAUAACCUUUGUAAUGGUUUGACCUCUGACCCUGAACCAGAUCAACAUAUUAACAAAAAUGAAGAAAACAAAGUAGAAUUAAGUCAACAAGACACAGAGGACAAUAAAGGUCUCUCAGAAAAGAAAUCUCGUCAGUCCAGACCAAAAAGUUAUAAAAGACGACGUAGACGUGCUAGAACUGAUAGUAGUGACAGUUCUGAUCUAUCUGACAUGUCUGAUCUCAGUGAAGGAGGUGAUGACUUACCUGAAGAUUUCAUGUCAGAAGAAUCUGAAGAGGAAGAAGAAUUUGUUGGAUUUUUCACCAACGAUUCAGACUCCGACAUAUCUGAUCACCUCAUGGACAGCCAAGAACUAGAACCUGGCAUUUCUAACGAAGGGAAAAUCUUGGUUAAAAAUAAACUACAGACUAUUGAGGAAAGAAGUAAUGCCAGCGAUAGCUCACAGAAUACUGACAGCAAAUCUCCUCGACCUUCAUCUAAAACUGAUGCUAGCUCUAAGGUCAACCCAUGGCUAAAAUCAGUAGACCGUGAUAAUCUUGCUCAUUUUUCUUCAGAAUUGUUUUCAUCUUCGAUGAGUUUUCUUGGACAGAAUUUUAAAUUUUCUUCACUAGCUGAUUCCUCAUUUGAGAAAGACAUAGAGGAAUAUGAAACAUGCAAAGAUGUGAUACAAGGCAGAAAACAAGUAUCUGUACCUCCUGGAUUUGCCUCUACAUCUGAAGCCCACCAUGUAGCAGAGAUAACCAGCAAGAUGGCUAACUUUGUGAUAGAAACAGACACUGAAGCUAGUAUUAUGCCUACAGAUGCAGAACAGUCUGCUACAGAGACGGAGGAACAGAGCAGUGAAACAGAGUCUGUAGAAAGGUCUGAAGAUGAACACCGUCAGUUACAGUACACUCUAGAUAUUAUACAGCAGGAAGGACUGUUACCUGUUGUCAAGGUGAUGAGUGAUUGGAUGAGAUGUAAUACUGGUGUCAUCUCUACUUGUGCUCAGAGUUCCCAGUCAUUGUGGCACAGAUUGUCAAUUUUACUGAAUAUUUUACCAAAGGAAAACCUCUUGGUUGACAACGAUAAUUGUUGGAUUGAUGAUUUAAAAGAAGUUCUCAAAGUGGUACAAGAAUGUGACUGGAAACAGGUGAUACCUUUGAUGGAGGAUGUCAGUUUGUGUCAGUUCUCUCCCCUGGCAGAGGUUCAUAACAACAUCGAAUUCUCUGUCAAAAGGAGAGGACAGCUCAAUGAAGUUCAGGAGACUUUUCUGAGGAUUGGUUGUAUCAGACAAUUUGGUUAUUUUCUGUCUGAGUUGGACACAAUACAGUUUACUUAUGAAGAAGCUCAGGGUGUAUUUGUGGGACCAUCACAGACCAAUCAUAGCUCUGGAAACGAAAAAGUGGUCAUGCAGAGAGUGGCUGUGGCAGAGAGUAGGAGAAACCAGCUAAUGAAAGACAUGGCACAGUUAAGACUACAGGCUGAGGUAACACAGUUAGAGGGAUCAUUAGACAACAGUGACCAAGGACAUUUCCCUCCCUACUUGAUACCUGACACUACCUCACUGUGUGACUCUCUACAACUUGUUAAACAACUGACUCAGACUAAUAAAGGAAUAGUUAUAAUACCAUUAGCUGUUAUUGAUACUUUAGAUUAUAUGAAGAAAGAGUCUGUUAGAGCAAGAGAGGCCAUUAGAUGGCUGGAAACAGAAUUCAGAAAGGGAAACAGAUACAUCAGAGCACAGAAAAGUAACGAAAAACUUCAGGAAAAUACACCAAAAAAUCUAAAGAAGAAAAACCAGGAAAUGUGGUGUUUAUAUGAGAUAUUUAGUUGUGCCCGAUAUUUAGCUGGACAAGGUGACAUAGCUAGUGGCAACAUGGUGGCUGUGAUGACUAAACAGGAUUUGAAAGCCACUUCUUUGCCUGAUAUUGUCAAACAGCUGAUCAAUAAAUGUUCCAAGGAAGGUAUUGGAAUUGAAAACAUUUCUAACUUUGCCAAUAAAUGGAAAGAAGUCUUAAAGAACAAAGGCUGAAUAUAAAUAAAAGCUGAAAGACAAGAAUCAUAGCAGUACAGCCUAAAACCAACAAACCAACUGUAGACCAAUACCAACCACAAGAAAGUAUAAACAACAACUAGAAAAAAGCAGCAAAUUUGUUAAUCGAUAGAAAUGUAAAAUAAGAUCAAAUCAAAAU